AUGUCAGCGCCCAAUAACGAAUUGGAAUUCCUGCGAAGAGCCAACUCUCCCAGCCAACUCGAGCACUCCAUCGUCACCAACCCAGAAGACAUGUCGUACGCCGACAUUGCAAAGAAGGGCCCGCAGCAGGCUCCGGAAGAUAAGGUGCCAGAUGCCGUCCCCGAGAUCAUGCACGAGGACAGCGGCGUCCACUCCCUCGAGUCGCUGAACUCCCAAAACGAGCACAUCCAAUCCCUGCCAUCCGAAACAUCCUACGCGUCUCAGCAAGAAGCCGAAGAACGCCGGCAACAGGCUGAGCGCGAUGCGAAGAAGCAGGCCGACGAGCUCACCAAGGACGCCAAGCAGUUCAUGGAGGCCGCCGAAGCCGAUGCACAGCGAUUAGGAAAGGAGACCAAGAGCAGCGCGAAGCAGUAUGGCAAGGAAGCCGAGAAGAAGGCCAACGAGCUUGCUGGCAAGGCCAAGGAGGUUGGCUCGCAAGUGAAGCAGGAGGCAAAGGCAGACGUGAAGAAGGCAGAGAAGAAGGCCAAGGAGGGCGCUGACUGGGCAGAGAAGAACCAGAACAAUCCAGUCGUUGUUGGCAACGUGGUCGUCGUCGCAGCGCUGGGUGUCCUUCUUGGAUCUGGCGCCUACAGGAUGCACAAGGCCGGUACUCUGACCUGGAACGUGAUCGGCGCAUGGACAGGCGCAGUGGGCGCAUUCGCGGUUGGAGACUACUUCGUGUCGCAAUACUUCUUCAAGAAGUACCCACCAAAGAACUAG